GUUGGUAGAAAGUCAAAGACCGCUUCCUUUAACUCUAUGCUCUGUCUCCCUUUGCUUUUCCAAUUCAGAGAACACAGAGAAUAGCAGAAGAAGAAGAAGAUGGAGUCAUCGAUGUCGCAGAAGUUCACUCUUGUUUAUGCUUCUCUCCUCGGAGUUGGUGGGAUGAUGGGUUACCUGAAACGCGGAAGCAAAAUAUCACUAGUCGCAGGAGGAGGAUCAGCUGCAUUGUUCUAUUAUGUAUACAGGGAGCUUCCAGAAAAUCCUGGAUUGGCAUCCUCCAUCGGUAUAGUGGGGUCGGCUGCAUUGACUGGGAUGAUGGGAUCACGCUAUCUAAGGACGAGGAAAGUGGUCCCGGCAGGAGUUGUAUCAAUGGUGUCACUUGUGAUGACUGGGGCUUACUUGCACGGCCUUAUUCGCUCCAUGUAAAGCCUCUCUGCUGCGUUCGGUUUGACCUAUUCCAAAUAGGGGUUGGGAGAGCAUUUCAAUUCUGAAGAUUGUUGAACUAUGUGCUUGUGAUGAUGUUUAUCUACUCUCUUUCUUUAUCCAUAUAUAGACCCUCGGAAGGAAUAUAACUAUGAGAUUUUAAUAAUUGAACAGCCUGUCGAAACUCACACACUUAAAAUUAGAAAUGAAAAUAACGUUAUUAUUUCGGGA